AGAAAGUUUAAAAUCAUGUUUAAUCAGAGCCAUAGCAAUUAAUUUCUUUUUUCUAACAGUGGCAAAGAAAGUGUAGUUUCUGAGCUGAAUGAUGACAACACUGCAGAAUAAGGAAGAAUGUGGAAAGGGACCAAAGAAAAUCUUUGCCCCACCUGCACAAAAAUUGCAUAGCCUGAUACCUUGUAGCCCUAACUUUCCCAAGGAGGAGACUCUGGGGAUUACUUCCCCAGAGACAGAGACCAGGCCACACCUGCCAAAGGCUGGAUUAGAGAAGAAGGAAGAGAAAGCAACCACAGAGAAUGGUCCAAGCAGUGGCCAGAAGAAAAAAGGAAAGGCUCAAGACAACAAGCAAGUAGAGAAGAAAGCAAAGGAAAAAUCAAGUAUUUCCAAUGCAGAAUUUGAGGAGAUUGUCCAGAUUGUGCUGCGGAAGUCCCUCCAGGAGUGCUUGGGGAUGGGAUCUGGCCUUGAUUUUGCAGAGACUUCUUGUGCCCAACCCAUAGUAUGUACCCAGUCAGACAAGGAACCAGCCAUCACUACUUCUGCUACUGAUAAUCAUAAUGCUGAUAGAGAGAAGGUAAUGGUACCUCAUACUCCAGAGAUUUCAGCCUCUCAGGACAAUGAUGUUGUCUCUGAGAUAAGCACAUCUAAGUUAGGCCAGCCAGAUCCUGCACCCUCUGGGAAGAAAUUCAAUAGACUCCCUUUAAGCAAAAGAAAGAAGGAAGCUCAAGAUGAGAAAAUGGAGAAAGUCCAAGGUGGACGUGAGCAUAGACAGAAAGACCAACUGAAGAAAAUGAUUCAGGAUCAUUCUCAGAUCAGGAACCACCAAAAAGGAAAGCAAAGUGGUUUUGGGCAAUGUCUGAUCUGGGUCCAGUGUUCUUCUGCAAACUGUGAGAAAUGGAGGCGGCUGUGUGGGAACAUUGACCCCUCAGUUCUCCCAGAUAAUUGGUCCUGUGAUCAGAAUACAGACUUGCAGUAUAAUAGCUGUGAUGUUCCUGAGGAGACCUGGACAGGACAUGAGAGUGAUAUAGCCUAUGCCUCCUACAUCCCAGGAUCCAUCAUCUGGGCCAAGCAAUAUGGUUACCCCUGGUGGCCAGGCAUGGUAGAAUCUGAUCCUGACUUGGGGGAAUAUUUUCUUUUUGCUUCUCAUCUUGAUUCCCUGCCGUCUAAGUACCACGUGACAUUUUUUGGAGAAACAGUUUCUCGUGCUUGGAUCCCAGUCAACAUGUUGAAGAACUUCCAGGAGCUGUCCCUGGAGCUAGCAGGAGUGAAAAAGUACAGGAACAAAGACUGCAGCCAGAAACUGGGGGCAGCCCUAAUGAUGGCUCAAAAGGCAGUACAGAUCAGCAUUCAGGAACGAGUUAACUUGUUUGGUUUCCAGAGCCGAUACAAUGGAUCUGACAAUAGUGGGGAAGGAAAAGACUUAAUGCUCUCUGGGACUAACAGCCCAGGUUCCUGCUUGGAGAAAGAGCAGGAGAAGGAAUCAGAGGUAGAAGAAGAGGAGGAGGAAGAGCAAAAAGACCCACCUUUGUCCAGUCCCAAGUCAGUCAAAACACAAACAAAAAAACACAAGCCAAAGGGGGGUGGGGGUGAUGCAGGCAUGGCAGAUGGACAAGGUGGAACCUUGAAAAGGAAGACAGUGAAGAGAUCUCUGGGCAGUGAAUCCACAGCUCCUCCUGCAUCCAUCACAGGAAGGAAAGAAGGCCAUAGGAAUUCAGAUUCCGACCAGCCAGGCCCUAAGAAAAAAUUUAAAACUCCCCAAAGCAAGGUCUCAGCGACCAGCUUAUCUGAGGAAAAAGAAGGCGGAAUGGUGCCAUGGGGCCUGAGUCCCCCAGCUCAUGCUGGGGCCCAUGCCUCAGCCAGGAAGGAAGGGCCUAGACUCCAGGAACCACUGAUUCAGGAGGCUGGAAGUGUCCCCCAUGAAGAUGAAGCCUCCAGUGACCUGGACCUGGAGCUACUCAUGGAAGAUGUUGAAAAAGAGCCGGAGCAGAGAGGAGAGCUGCAGCACAGAGACGACGAAGAGGAGUUUACCAUGGCAUUCUAUGAGGAGUAGUUGUGUGCUCUCGCCCUCCUUCCUGUUCUGCCGUCCUUGGAGCACGGAGGGGAGAGCCUGCCAGUGGGUCCCUGAGAAAUCGCUAAGUGUUGGGGUUAAGUGACUCUCAGGUUCAAGUCAGAGUUGCGCAGUUUAUAUGUUAAUAAAGCAGGUCACCGGUUGGUUGGUUCA